CAAAUGUUCCCGGUGAUAAGAGCCAUCUUCUGCCUUUGCGUGGGAGCGUAAGUGAUUUAGUGUGCCGAAAGUAGUAACCGAAAUGGCUCCAAGUGUCGAGAGUGUUGUUGAAAGUGGCGGUGGGCGAGUUUUUAUCGUGGAACCGCUGGCCGCGACGGGUGGCGAUGGCAAGGAACUGUCCAAACACGGCACAGAGCAAAAAAGUUACACCUUUGACGAGGCGAUUGAUGUUGCCGGUUUUGGCCGAACCAGCUGGCAGGUCUUCCUGGUGUCCGCCCUGAUCAUGUUGGCCGUCCUGAACGAAACCAUGGGCAUUUCGAUUCUCAUUCCGGCGGCCCACUGCGAUCUUCACCUCUCGGCCACGGACAAGGGCAUGCUGACGGGGGUCAGUUUUGCGGGUAUCAUCUUGACGUCCCACCUGUGGGGCUACCUGGCGGACACCAAGGGCCGCAAGAAUGUGAUUAUCCUGUCGUUGGCGCUCACGACCGUGUGCUCGCUGGCGUCGAGCUUGGCCAGCGAUUUCGCCACCAUCGUGGUGCUUCGACUGCUCGUCGGGAUGUGCAUUUCCGCACCCUCCGCCACCAUCUACGCCUAUCUGGGAGAGUUUACCAAAACGGAACGCCGCACCAUGAUGAUCUCGUUCGCUAGCGUGGCCGUAGGCCUGUCCUCGAUCUCGGUUGGAACCCUCGGCUGGAUCUUCCUGUCGUUCAACUGGCGCCUCAACCUGUUCGACGUGGUCGAGUUCCGGCCGUGGCGUCUUCUGCUCAUCCUGUACUCCCUGCCGGGCGCCAUCGGUGCCAUCUGGAUGGUGUUCCUGCCGGAGAGUCCCAAAUUCUAUCUGUCCCAGGGUCGCGACGAUAAGGCGCUAGCGGUGUUGCAGCGGAUGUUCCUCGAGAAUCACCGGGGCUGCACGGUUGAGGAUUUCGCCGUCAAGCGGAUUACGCCAGAGGUUGACGCGGAGGAUGCAAAGGACAAGCCGAAGGGCUUCCUGGCCGUGAUGGGUAGCAUGUGGCAGCAGACGGUUCCGCUGUUGAGGCGACCGAAUCUGCUGUAUUUUGUUGUGUGCUGUGCGCUGCAGUUUGGGAUGUUCUUUGUCUCUGCCGGGAUGGGUUUGUGGUAUCCGGAGAUUGUAAACCGGGUGACUUCCGCCAACCAGAGUGUUCCGGCUACGAUCUGCGAAGUUCUGCAAGGUGUUCACAGCUCGGACGAGGACUUUGUGGCGUACGCCGAGAAGGAGUGCGACGAUCGUAUGACCCAGGACGUGUUCGUGUACGUGAUCGUGCUGGGUUCGAUCUACACAUUUCUGUACCUGGCCAUGUCGACGCUGCUGCAGAAGAUCAGGCGAGGGCACAUCUUGUUCUUCAACCUAUUCACCUCCGGGGUGUGUGGUGUACUGCUGGCGUACGUCAACGAUCCUUACUUUGUGCUGUUGUGCUUCUGUGCGUUCAUGGUCUUUGCCGGAUCGUCGAUAUCAUUGGUAAAUGGAGCCGCGGUGUCUCUGUUUCCAACCCACGUCCGGGCGAUGGCCGUCUGUUUAAGUUUGAUGAUGGGUCGGCUGGGCAGUGUUGCCGGCACGAACCUGAUCGGGCUGAUCAUGGAGGAUAGCUGUACGCUAACGUUCAACGUAUUCGCCGGUUGUUCACUACUGGGAGCCAUGCUUACGCUAGUACUGCCAAGCCGAUAGAUAGGAUAGGUCAGCAUUCUAUGAAUGAAUUGAAGAGACUGCUUCCAAGUAUCUCAACUCUGCUCAACUGCUUAGAAUAAACUUUUCUAGUCAUGUAAGUGGAAAUCCGAAACGAUAGAUCGAAUAAACGCUCUUGAAUUAAACUUUCUUUCUCCAGCAA